CUAGAGUUUUCCGUUAGCAUGGUGCUCUGGCUGAAAAAGAUCUCGAAAUGUGGGAGUGGGAAGUGUUGUCGCAGCCGGCGGAAGAAAAAGGUGGAGGAGGCGGAGGCAGUGCCCCAGACAGAGAAUGAAUUGUGGUUGGAGUACUACGGCCCGUAUCUGCACAUCUGGCCAUUUCACGAGCUCUGCGCCCGAUUGGAGACGAAUGUCUCCCAGGGUCUAACCUCCGAGGCGGCGGCGAAAAAGCUGGCCCGGAACGGGAAGAACAUUCUACCGCUUCCCCUCAAACAGGAUGUGGGCUUUUGGAAGUUCAUAAAGAACUGCUUCAGCGUCUUGGGCAUCGUGAUACUUCUGAGUUCCAUCGCCUGUUUUGCCAUAUACUACAUAUUUGAAAUUAACUCUACCAUCCAUGGCCAAGUGGAUCCCGAGUUUCUGGUGGCGGGCAUCAUUUUGCUCGUUUUUUUCUUUCUCGCGGGCAUUGUGCUCUAUCUGCAAGAAGAUGACCAUGAGGAAAUGGUCGUGGCUUUCGAUGAGCUGAUGCCCAUGUAUUGCACAGUGGUAAGGGAUGGGGAAAAGGAGGUAAUCCUCACCCAGGACGUGGUAGUCGGCGACAUCGUGCCCAUCAGCUAUGGUCAGCGGCUUCCUGCCGAUCUGCGGUUUUUCAGCUGCUCGGGUCUGGAGCUCAACAACGUGGCGCUGACAGGACACUCGAAACCCGUGCAAAUCACUCCUCUGCCGAAUGAGGGACGCCAUAGGUACUCCCGAGUUGAGUACAUAAAGGAUGCGUGA